AUUACCAACGUCACAUAUGUAUUUAACCCGCACCGCAUCUUGGUGACGACCAAUCUUAACUAAUACUAUUUAGAUGUGUUAUGGUUAAAUUGAGUUCAUAUCUGGGAUAGUUUGUAAAAUGUUGGGCUAUUUAAUUGGCGUGUUUGGUGUGUUACUGGCCCUUUUUGCCUCUUGGGUUCUGUGUUCUUUCCUGUCCUUCAACUACUCGGCUAAGUCGAAAAGGGUCAGUGCUGCUGCUUCCAAGUUGCCAGGUUUGGAGAGGAAGUUUCUUAUCGGAAACAUCUCUCAGAUUCCCCGGAAACAGAAAGAUUUGAUAGGGUUCUUCCAGAAGUUGGGUCUGGACAACAAUGGAAUGUGUUGUGUAUUCUUCGGACCCCAGCCUCAAGUUAUGAUCACAAAAGGCAGCCUCGCCGGACUCAUUUUGAAGUCAUCAAAACACUCAUCCAAGUCGUUUAGUUAUGAAAUGAUUCACAGUUGGCUCGGCACUGGGUUAUUGACUAGCAAUGGUGACAAGUGGAAGGGCAGACGGCGACUCCUCACUCCCGCAUUUCACUUCGACAUCCUCGACAGGACACUCUCCACCAUGAUAGAACACACCAGAGUGGCCCUCUCUCUAUUCCACACACAUGCUACUCACGACUCAUUCGUGGACAUAUGGGAGGCCAUGAGUCUACUAGCCCUGGACAUAGUGUCUGACUCUGCAAUGGGUGUGGAGCUGGGGUCCCAGAUGCGCAAUCCAGACUCAUUAGACUACGUCCAAAACAGAUCAGAGGUGAGUGAAAUUUUGGUGGAACGAUUUCGCAACCCAAUUCUGUGGAACGACUUCAUCUACUUCCAUCUCACUUCUAAGGGGAGACAGUACAAGAAACUAGUGAAGAAGUUACACAAGUUCACUACAGACGUCAUCACACGCAGGUGGGAAGAAAUUAAAGAUCAAUUGGACAACAUGGUUGGAGGGGGAAAAAGAAACUCAUUUUUGGACUUGCUUCUGUUGGCCAAAGAGCAACAUGGACUCUCUUUCGUGGACAUCAGGGAAGAGGUGGACACUUUCAUGUUCGAAGGCCACGACACCACCUCAGCGGCUAUGUCCUUUGUCAUUCAGAAGUUGGCUACUCAUCCUGAUGUGAUGGAGAGAUUACAGAAUGAAGUUGACGAGAAUCUAGAGGGCGUGGCUUUGGAACCAGAUAAUGUCCAACAGAUCAAG